ACAUUUGUGAACCCGACUGACCCCCUGUCACUCUUUUCUGCAUCGUUCUUUCCUUUGUAUCUAUACCAUGUACAUGGUUGUUUUCUCAUGGUUCGGGCUAUAUCCACGGCGGGUCACGUGGCAAGCGACCGGACCGGUUUCCUUACGGUGCGUAAAAAGUGGUCGGGAAAACUCUUGUUUUCGUUGUCAUUCUUGUGCCUUUCUUUGUUUCUCCUCUCCUUUGUUACUGAUGACUUGAUAUCUGCUGUGAGGGUUUCUGGGUAUAGAGCGGACCACCGAGUCGAUGAAUGUUUUGUAUAUGUUGGAUUUGGUUCUUUCGGCCAUAUUGUGAGCUUGGACUUAAUAAUACCCCAUGAUUGUUGAUUGUUACAUUGUUUUGUUACCCGCAGGAAGAG